AUGGUUCCUAAACUUCGAGCGGACCAUACGCUCUACCACCUAAGCCCGAAAGGGUUUUGGAAGCGCCUCAGGGAUGUGUCGGUCGUGAACCCUGAAAUCAGCUAUGGUGUGCCUUUACCAACCGUCAACCGUUAUCCACAGCCAGCCUCUCGUCCUGAGAUCCAAGCGACUCCAGCUACGAAAGCUUCUGAUAUCGCUCAGAACCCAUACUGGAAGCGCGAUGCUCGUCGAAAUUACCCCCAGCUCUCUGUUGUCACUCAGGGCGAACUUGCCCGACUUGUACUUGGAAGUUCACAGCAGCCUGUAUUGGCUUCACCAGGGAGCAAAUCCGAUGUGCGUCUGGCUUCAAAGUCGUCCGCUGAUCUGACUGCCGCCAUUGCCACUAUCUCGACUGGAAAAACUUACUCCGCCAACAACCUUCCCCCCACCCCGCCAGCGCGUAUGCGCUGGUUGGCCCAGAUGGCUGAAGAUGCACCUCAUAACCCUAACGCCUACUGGCCCAUGAAACUAUACGGUGGACUUCCUGGCACUGCCGAAGCAGAAGCAGGAACAGUGCCUCCCAGCUAGAGUAAUUUCAUUAUAAUGCUCUCAGAUCAUCUUUGUCUUGAUGCCAAAGAGUAAUAGGGAAAUCUUUUUGGCCUCUUGUUCAUACCGAGCACUUUGGUGAUAAAUAUGACUGGGAUUCAGCAAUAGACAUGAGGGAACCAUUCAAUCGUGCAUUUCAUCUGCAGUAAAACAGGAGAACAUCUCGAUAUAUCGGGAAGAACGGGCAUCAGGCAUUCGUGCUUGCAGGCGGUCCUUGAGGAUGAGGAUGGUGGAUGAACUUGCCGCUACCAGGGUUGUAGAUGUCCUUGAUAAUCCCUUUGCCCAUUGCGAUGAGCGCUUCACGACUCUCGUACAGUGGUAAAAACACGACCACGGCGAUGGCACUAAAGACCCAG